AUGUUUUCAAGAAUCAAAAAGGUUGUCAAGACUGGUCUGUUGGGUUCCUUGUUCAAUGGAGGACCCUUUGAAGACGAGAUAGAGGAGGAUAUUGGUGAUGAUCAACUAGUGGAUGACGAGGAGGUGGAGGUGGAAGAAGAAGUAGACGAGGAAGAGGAAGAGGAAGAGGAGGAGGAGGAGGAGGGCGAGGUAGACAGCAACAAUAACAACAAUAACAACAAUAACAACAAUAACAACAACAACACAGCCUCAAAACAAUAG